AUGGCUGCUCAGCUCGCAAAGGAUAGGCCACGCGCCUACCUCGACUUCGACGUCGACGACGCCUGCGCGAAAUUUAAGCGCGCGUCGCACUUCGUCGAGAGCUGCGAUCUGAAGUACGCGCUGUCGUCGAAGAAGAUCGACGAGUUGGGCGGAGGCGAGGUUCUACGUCUGCCCGAGCUCUACGCGAACGACUACGAGUGGAGUUCGAAAGGCCCGAUGCGGGCGCGGCCGCAGCCGAACUGCCGCGUCGUGUUCGAGCUGUAUGGGAACAUUGCGCCGCUCGCGGUGGAGAACUUCCUAGCGCUGUGCCGCGGCGACCGCGGCGUGGACAAGGGCAGCGGCGUGAAACUGCACUAUGCGAAUUGUCCCGUACACCGCGUCGUGAAGGGAUUCGUUAUGCAGGGCGGCGACAUUGUGAAAGGCAACGGCUCGGGCGGCGCGAGCUGCUUCGGCAAAAAGUUCAAAGAUGAGACCAAGGGCCUGCGGCUCCAGCAUGACGCGCCUGGCGUGCUCUCGAUGGGCAACUCGGGCAAAAAUUCCAACUCCUCGCAGUUCUUCGUCACGCUCGCGCCGGUUCCGCAGCUCGACGGGAAGCACGUCGUCUUUGGGCGCGUCAUCGCGGGCAUGGACGUCGUGCGCGCCGUGGAGGCCGUCGCCGGCGAGGGCGACGAAAAGCCAAGAGCGCCCGUGGUGGUCUGCGCGUGCGGUGUGUUUGAAGACGACACGCCGCCGCGGGGGCAUUGGGCGCCAGCCUCGGUCGACACUCAUGCUGGCGCGCCUCCCAGCUUCGUGCCGGCGCCGACCCUUGUGUUGGUGGUGGGACCCACUGCGGCCGCGGACCGGGCACGCGCUGCGCUCACCGCGGCGCAUCUGCGGGCGGACGUCGUGGCCGCGCCCGAUCCCGACGCGAGUGCCGCGCAUCGCGUCGAUAGGCGUGCGGUGGUGCUCGUCACGCCUGGGGCGUCGCCCGACGCCGCGGCGCGCGCGGAGGCGCUCGCGGGCGAGAGGGGAUGGAGCGUGGUGACGGCGAAGCCGGCGCGGUGCGCCGAGGCGGUGGCUUCGAUGUUGUGA